CGGAAACACAAUAACGGCCAGCGCGCGCCCCCUGCAAGCAUUGCAACCCAACCCCGAUAGGAACGCACCUUGUCUGCCCACUUGGCCAUUGUGACGCCCCCUCCCCUCCCAUUGAUGUUCCUGCACAAUCUAACACGACCGGAUCACUCCACCACUAGCACCUGUAUAGGGAGGCGGGAGUGAUAUUUCCCCCCCCAUCUGUCUCAAUUCACAUAUACAGCAAUUCACACAGCGCUGAUAAACUAUAACUUAUAUACAGCGAACUUCUACUCACCGGUCUCCUGCAAAAUACGCCUGGUCCUUCGAUUGGAAUCGACUCCCCCCUUCCUGUAUUGAGAGUGGUACGGUCCACUUGGGGUGAUUACUGCGCAUGCGCAGCGCGCUCUCCUCACUAAGACGUUAGAGCGGGUGAGGUACACAAAAUGGCGUCCACCGGUGAGUAACGGACUCUCUGCUCGGAGUUACAUUAAUAUCUCCCAGUGUGUAUCGGGCUGUGACCAGGUUUUUGCGGUCCUGUGGUUGGGCGGUUUCGGUGCUUGGUAUUUAUUUUAUUAUGAGUUCCCCUGUUUCUAGCUCGCUCUGUCUCGGGUCACAUCCUGUGUGCUAGGCCGCAGCACGAUCCCAUUCACACUGUGAGCCCAGGGCCGCAGUUACCGGAGGUAGCGCUGUGUGACUAUAGCCUGUAAUAUUUAACCGGCCGGCUUCCAUGGAGCAGCCCGCAUACAGCCCAGGUAUUGUAUUGGCUCACAAUGGCAGUAUCUGCGUGUUGUAGGCUGGAGAGCUACACGUGCUCUCUGUCUGUUUAUAGAGAGAGAUAUUGAAGACUGUUAGAGGCUUGUAAUGCGUAACCUUGGGGGCUACACGUGUUGGAUGUUUCCCUAUUAUGCCUAGCCUGCCAUUUUGAAAUUGUCCUUCUGAAACCAACCGUUGAGGUAGCAAUGUUCAGGCCUGUGAUAUGUUUUGGAUGGAAUAUAUAAUGCUAAUAUCUUCUGAAACAAAUUGAAUCCAGCCUUAAUAUCAUUUAGCAUCAAGAUGGAGAUGCAAGGUAUUAAUCGUGGCAGGAUGAGUCCUAAAAUACUAUUUUGUGUUCCUUGACUUUUUUUAGUCUGGAUACGUAAUGUUGUUUUUUGGUUUUUGUUUUUUUUUUGAUGCGUGUUUCCUCUGGCUGGUAUUCUUAUUUUACCCAGACAGAACAGUAUUUCAUGUUGAUAGCCAUGUAAGCUGAAAAAGACUUUCAGAAAUUCACAUAAGUCUUAUUGCUGAUGAUCCCAAAGAAGACACACAUAGAUGCAAUUUCUAACUUUGUCCUAUGUAGGGGGUGGGGUGGGUAAUAUACUCCUAGAAUCCAAAGUGGCAAACAGAUUGUGAACUCUUAUACCAUUGAAUAUAUUUUGAGAAAAAUCUGUUAUAUACAGAUGUUUAGUGUAUUGUAUAACAUUUAUAUGCUGCUAACCCUUGAUGUGUUUUUUUUUUACCUUCUUCAAACCAGGAGUGAGUGAUCUCUUUUCUGUGGCUAGAUACCAAAGUAGAGAUAGUUGAGUUCAGUUUGUAUCUGCCAUGAAACGUAAAAUUUCAGAGUUUUAUCUGAACAUGCUUAAGUUUGUGUGUGUAUGUAUAUAUGUGUGUGUAUAAUAUAAAAAUUUUCUAUAUAACUUCAUAUUCACACACACUUUUCUUCACCAGCGGAAGUAUUUUACUUGGCUUUUUUGAUCAAAUAAAAUCGCCAACGGCUCAUAUUUAACAGAAAAACUUUCAUCAGGCCGUUAUUGUGAAUUGAUGGAGUGUGGGAUACUGGAAAUAAAGAGAUACAUGCACACACUUUGCACAACAGUUAGAUUUGCUUUGUUCAAACGUACAUGCAUUCUGUUCACGCACUUUGUGCUAUGUGCUGAAAACAGCAAAUCAUACUUGUGCUAUUCAUUGGUAUCGGACACAACGUAAGGGGGAUGUGCCAGCUCUUUAUGCAUUGCAUCAAUAAUGCAUUAUGAGAUAUAGGCAUUAAACCAUGUCAUUUUCAGUUAGUGCCCUGGGUCAUUUGCUGUGAGAGGGGGGAUGUAACUAUAAAUAGGACGAUUACAAAUAAACUUACAGGAACAAUAGGUUGAAGAGGACCCUGCUCAAACAAGCUUAGUGUAUAGGAGAUGGGGUAUAAGACACGUGAGGACAGGAAUAUGGACAUGAUCUUAAUCUGUCCAAAUGUUAAGAUGAAUCUUGUAUAGCCGUAUUGAAAUUUGCUUUGUGAAUAACUUCUAGAAAACGAAUGGUUCUCAUUCAGAAAUAUGUACAUUUUGCUUGCCGCUAAUGAGUAUGUAUUUUAUUAGUGUGCAUUUUUAAAAAAAGUCUUUACAAAACUGCAUAUCUCCUCUCCCCCCACCCCCAUCAUUUUUCUUUACUUUUUUUGCACACUCAAUGUUGGUCAGCAAUUUUAAUAGUCAGCGUUUUUGUUUUCUUAAAGUUCAAAGGUUAACUGACCAACUGAAAAGAAAGGGUUUUGUUCCAGAGAUUACACCACUGUAACUCCACUCAAACUGCUAGUUUUCAUGUGUUCUUUGUAGUUUUGUUGGCUGACAGUUUGUGUAGGCUAAAGGAACCCUAUUGUGGCAUAUUCAUUGCAUUGUGCGCUAUUAGCAUUGUAUAUAAUGAGGAUAACAGUGUAUCCGGUCCCCCUACCUGCUGCUCACAUCUGUUAGCCAUGCAUGGUACCUCUUCUUCAUGACUCUGAAAAGUUGACUGCCUUGCCUGCAAGUCUUCUUCAGAACUGACAUCUGAAAGAUACUUGAUGAAAUAUAGCAGCAACUACAGAACCCAAUGCUGUAAAUGCUCUGAUGGCGAGCCAUAGCAAUUUCUGUAGGAGAUUUCUCUUGCCCUUCCUGAUCCUUGAUUCUCAGCAGAAGUAUAACGACUUGUAAAAAUUGAUUAGAUGCUGACAGGGUAAUAUUUAUGAUUCUGUAAGAACAUGUUUUUUUAGUGCACUAUAUAGAUUUCAUUUUGUGGUAUAUCCUUUUAGUGAUUGCUCUAAUCCCUUAACUUUGUUAUUAAGGAGCAUGGAUCUGGUCUAUGCAGAUUUUCAACAUGAAAUGCUUCUUGUUCAGAGAGAUCUUGUAUAAUUAUAGCUCUUGUCAGUGGGAAGGGCCUGUAAUGGUCUUUAUCGCAUAUACGAAAUUGCCAAUGGUUUGACUUCAAUAGGAACACAGCCUUCAUCAUUUUCCUAAGAAAGCAGCAGUGGAGUUUGUCACCCAAUUAAAGAACAUAUCCUGCAGGUUGACAAGUGAUUUGUGCGUUUUACCUCUUAUUUUACUGUAAAGUAUUUUAAUAUUCAUGAAUUAAAACAGAAAAUAUGUAUUUUAUGAAUGUUAAAGCAUGCUCCUUUAAUAUAUCAUAUAUCAAAUGUAACAUUUAGUUUUUAAAAUGUCAUGUUUUAAUUUUUCUUUUUAGAUUACAGCACCUACAGCCAGGCUGGAGCCCAGCAAAGGUGAGAUGUACAUUUUGUCAUAAGACAUUGAAAUGUUUUUAGUUACAAGUUUGCUAUAUUGUCAGAUUUGACCUAUGGUAGAGUAUGUUUGCUUUUAUUAGUUAAGUUUUUUUUAUUAUUUAUAUAUUUAAAAAACUUUUUUUUUUCUCUACAUACAGUUAUGGUGCAUAUGCUGCCCAGCCAGCGCAAGGAUAUACACAGACUGCCCAGGUAAGAGUUUUUCAUGCAUUCAAACAAAACAUGUUAUAAGUCCCAAAACAUAGUUUGGUUAUGAAUUAACCAUUUCUGUGAGGGUUUUCAGGUUAAAAAAAAAAAAAUUCUCUUCCCUGUUACAUUGCAGGGAUAUUUGAGAUAGUUAAAGGAACACUAUAGGGUUAGGUACACAAAUGCAUUCCUGACCCUAUAGUGUUAAAAUCACCAUCACCCCCUUACCCCCAGUAAAAUCUUACUUUUGUUCAUCUGCACUUGCUUGCUUUGCCUGCUUGGCUAACAUCAGAAGUGCAGUUCUGAGCCAAUCACAGCGCUUUCCCAUAGGAUUGGAUUAGACUGUCAAGGAGGUAGAUAAGGGGCAGAGCCAGCACAAACUUGGGCAAUCAGCAUCUUUAUAGAGCUGCAUUAAAUCAAUGCAUCUGAGGAAAGUUCAGUGUCUACAUGCAGUGGGUGGAGACACCAAAUGGCAGUGAUGCUCACUGUGCAGCACUGCACCAGGAAGCACCUCUAGAAGCCAUAUGAGCAGUGGCGUUAUCCCUAGGCUAUAAUGUAAACACUGCAUUUUUAUUUUUUGGGUGGAGUGCUAUUGUCUUGAUAAAACACAAUGUAGGAACUAUUUUUUAUUUUUUUUUCCCUUCCGUAUAGCAGUCAAGUUGACAAGUUUAAAAUGUGUGGCGUUUAAAGUAAGGGUCUGUCUUACUUGCAAAUAAAAUAUACCCGCAAUUAAUUAAUAAAAGCAAUCCCACAGAAGGACAAACAACAUUCAUACUAGGCAGAGAAGAACAAAAUGGCUGCAAUACAGCACAAGGAAGAUGAAGGCAGGUGUUAAGGAAUGGGGUUAUAAUAAAGAUUACAGGGGACAUAAUGAGAACCUAAAGACAGAUGGGACUCCUUUCAGAAUACCAUAUGUAGUUUUUGGGAAUUACCAAUACCCCUUUCUUGGCAUUUGGAUGCUUUUUGCUUGACAUGUUUCCUCUUUGCAUUUGUGUAUGUGCUACUUAGGGGUUUCAUUGUAUAUCAUUUUGUAAAGUUACUACAAUGUGUGUGUGUGUAUGUAUGUGUAUAUAUAUAUAUAUAUAUAUAUAUAUAUAUAUAUAUAUAUAUAUAUAUAUAUAUAUAUAUAUAUAUAUAUAUAUAUAUAUAUUAUAUAUAUACACACCUAUGCAAAUUGAAGUGUUUAUAUAGUGGUUGUUUCCUAUUUCCAGGCGAGCUAUGGGCAGCAAAGUUAUGGAACCUAUGCCCAACCCACUGACUCCAGCUACACACAGGCACAAGCAACAGCAGCAUAUGGCCAGUCUUAUGCAGCAUCAUAUGGUCAACCACCAGCUGGUAAGAUGGUAGCAGCUAACUAUUGAUAUGUAUUAAUUAGGUUUUCAAGUUAGUGGAAACUUUCUGUAACAUUAAAAAUAUUAAUCUGACAUUUUCAUUAUUUAGAACACACUUAGUCAUAGGAGGACCGGUUACAUUUGUGUACAGUUGUAAUUUGCCCUCUGGAUUUCCUUUUCUGCAUUGUGCUUACAGUAGAAAAGACCAGCACAGGUUUGCUUAAUGCAUGAGUUUAAGCCUUGGGUUCUCUCUAAUUUCUUGUUUUAGCAUGCCAUCUUUAACCCUUUAAGGACACAUGACGUGUGACAUGUCAUGAUUCCCUUUUAUUCCAGAAGUUUGGUCCUUAAGGGGUUAAAGCAACCGUGCAAACAGAUUGCAGUCCUUUUUUUUUUUUUUUUGAAAUGUUGCCAUGUUUUUAUUGAACACACCAUGUAAACAUUCACAGUGCAGUUGGAAAAAGUAUGUGAACCCUUGUAUCCAAUAACUGGUUGAACCUCCUUUGGCAGCAAUAACUUCAACCAAACGUUUCCUGUAGUUGCAGAUCAGACGUGCACAACGGUCAGGAGUAAUUCUUGACCAUUCCUCUUUACAGAACUGUUUCAGUUGUGAAUCGCUCUCUUUUUUAUUUUUUUUUUAUUUUUUUUAAUUCUUUAUUUUUGGUUGUGCAAGGAUACAGAACAUCGUAUGAUACCAUAACAGCAUACAUGUGCACUAUUAAAUACAUUGAAUCACAAACAAAGCAUUGAAAGAGCUGCACCCCUUGGAGGCGCGAGCAGUAUCGGCCAGCGAAUAGAGGUGUCAGGGGUAUGACCACUUACAGCCUCAAAUUCGGAUAACACCCUAGGACCCCCUGCCUCACCCCAGUGACGUGGCUACCCACUACGGACCGUGUGCUAAAUACUCCUUAUUGUCUGUACCAAUCUCCUGGGGUCGUCCUCUUGUGGGAGGGCUGAGUGGUCCCCGGUGGAAGGCGUCUCCUGCCGGGUGUUGAGGGUCGGUUUACUUGUCGUUUAGGUCUCCCUAACACCUCAGGUGGGGUUUGGCAGUGAAUUUAUGUGUCUGCUUGGGUGGGUCGUCAAUUUAUCAGACGGUUUCCAGUGUAUUUAUCAGUCGCAUGGUCUGCUCAAGCCCUGGUGCCUGUAGCUUGGGCGGCUAAUUCCAACCAUGAACUGGUCAUCUAAGGGGUUUAGUUAGUGUCUCCUUGUCCGGUGGGUUUCUCUCUACGGGUCGCUACUUGCCUACAUUGGGUAAUGUCAAGAAGGGCAGGUUGUAACCCGGAAUUAGGGGUAUUGUGCAAACCAUUCGUGGUUGGAGUUCUAUCCUGCCAGCAGCUGUUUUGUCUCAGAGAAGCUUCCCCGUGUCGCGUGCUAUGGCACGCGCAAGGAGUAGCCGUAGCUAAGUGGGGGUACCAUAUUCCUAUUGGGCACGGGGGGCCCUCCUGCUUGCCCACUGGCUCCCUUUACGGUUGGGUUCUUGCUAACACCUGCGUUUCUACUAUUCCCCUCUCGCUCUCCAUUAUGUUGACCUUCAGAUACCGGAACCAAGCACCGCAGCCCAACCUCAGUGGGGGGGGGGGGAGGGCAAAGGGGCAAAGCGAGCAGGGUGGGAAAGGGCGGUAGAUGGGGGUUAGUGGGGGGGGGUGUAGAGAAAGAGGAAAUCACUUACCACAGCCGGGGGCGGGGGGAACGUCCGUACCACCGCAACACUCGAUCAGCGCUUGGAAUAGUCAUCCCAUUUCUCCCAGGUCUUAAGGAAGAGUGGAUAGGUGUCCCUCACCUGUACCGUCAGCUUGUCCAUUAGGCACGCCUCCUUAAUGUAGUGUAUUACUCUGUCCAUGAGGGGCAUGUCCAUCUGUAGCCAGGCCUGCGCGAGCGCCCUCCUGGCUGCCAAAUUGAUUUUAUCUACUAAUUUUUGUUACAGAUUGCAGUCUUCUGUGGUCUCAUGAAAUUUCACUGCCUUAGCUAUUGUAGCUGAUCAUUCACUAUUAAAUUAAGUUGUAUAACUGGGUACUCUCUUGUCUCCAUCUAAAAGUUAGAAUUGGCUUGUCUUUUAGAAUGUUACUGUAAGGUGUCUUGCACAAAGACAUAAUCUUUUUAUUUAUUAUAAUACAUUGUGCCCGGCGAUUAAAUCUUUCUAAAUUGUACUAUAAAAUACUACAUAAUUAGAUGCUUAUUGGUUCCCUCUCACGUUUCCUUAUGUGACUACAUGAUUAGCAUUGUGGGAUUUUUUUUUUUUUAAUGUAAACGGGGUUCAUUCAUGAGCCAUCUUAAGCAGCUGUCUCUAAAAAUAUACUUUCUGAUCUGCUUCAUAUUGCUGUGAAUCAAGAAAACCUAGAGGGGGGGGGGAGGCCACUAAUUGAAGCAGCAGAAGCUUCAGCUAAGUAUAGAUCAAUAUGCAUUUGCAAGCGGAUUCAUGCAGUUUCCAACAGAUGAGAAAACCAAAGGAAAUUGCACCUAAAUCAAGUAUGGUUUUUGUGCUUGCCUUUCUCAAUGAGGUUGUCUGGAUGCCAUGUCCCUGUAGUUUCAACACUGCAACUGAACAUUCUGAAGGUACGGCAAUGGUUACAGUGCAGUGUCUAAAUGCCUCUAGUGGUUGUCCUACUGAAAAGCAGUGUAAAUUAUGCCUAUUUUUAUCAGUUGGCUUCAGACAUCUGGCACUGCAUAGCAUAUUGCUGUGAAUGCACCCUAGUAUCCCAAAGCUUUUCAGACGUUUCAUUGAUCGCUUGGUCAGCCAUGGAAGCAAGACCAGCUGUGGAAAGGGCACCCUGGCCUGGGUGAAAAGGUAGGGCACGGAGCUAAGCUUAACGGCUAGAAGGCACUGUAGCAUUCAAAAUACAAAUAUGUAGCACUUAAGCGUUCCUUUAAUGGCAAGUAACAUUUUACUUCAACACUUGUGUGGGCUAUGCAUUACCACUGAAUUGGAUCAUGUCCUUUACAGACAGCUGGCUGAUAGAUUUCUCAGAUUUGUCUCUUGACCACCAAGAUCAGAUCCCAUGUAUUUAAAUGUGAUGUUCUAAUUGGGAGGUGGGAUUUCACACUUCAUUAUUUUGGGUAGUUUUUACUUUUCAAUAAAAAUGCAUGACCUGUGCAAGUCUGAAACUGCUCUGUAAGUAAUCUGCUUUAGUAUUUUAACAUGUCCUUCAUCACGUUUGCCACCCAAUAUAAAUUUUGUUCUUUGUCAAUUCAUUUGACCAUGACUCACUCUCUAGGCACUGUAACAGCCUCAUUUUAUUGAAGUGGUUAGUCUAAACGGAAGGACGGCGCUAAGGAAUUUCAGUGUUAAACUGUUUUUUUUUUUUUUUUAUGUUUUAGUGGUGAUCAAGAGCCCCACCAGCUCAUUGCCUAUGAUGCUCAGCCUAAUGUAGACUGUAGUGAUUGACUCAUUGUCAGCCGAACACGUUACUGGUAUGAAUUGGUUUGGCAGAGGAAGAGUGUAAUCUCUGCCUUGGCUAAACCUCCAGUAAGUAGAUGCAUGCACUAGAUGCAUACUUGCAAGAACAGAAUAUUAAAGGAUAUAAUCUUUCAAUGUAUGGUAAUAACUGCUUGAUCCAAGGAUAAAUCUGACUGCCAUUCUGGGGUCAAGAAGGAAUUUUUUUCCUAGCUUGUUGCAAAAUUGUGCUUCAAACUGUUUGUUUUUUUUUUUUUUUUGCCUUCUUUUGGAUCAACAGCAAAAAACAAAUGUGAGGUAGGCUGAACUUGAUGGACGCAAGUCUCUUUUCAGCCAUGUAACUAUGCAAGUAGCCAGGGACCUUCAUUUGGUGGUAAUCUGUCUUGAAAAUGGUUCUAUAGCCUGUUUUUAAUGCAAAUUAUGCCUUUCCAGAGAAAAGGCAGUGUUACAUUGGUGCAAAGUAACACCUCUAGUGGCAGUCACUUGGAUGGCCAUUCGAGGUGCCUCCUAGAGAUGCAUUCAUUCAAUGAAUCUUAGGAGAUGAUUGGUGCAGUGUGGUGUUUUGCAGUUCAUGCACAGUAGCCUACCAAUGCCUUUUUUUUUUUAUUUAUUUAUUUAUUUUAACAUUGAAUUGGCAGAGAUCACGUUUCAUCUCAUCCAUGUAGGCAGAGCCAAGAGGGUGGAUAAUAGGUGAAUAAAAACACAUUUUCUAUGUAAUCUGAAGGCCUUUCACCUAAACAGCCACUUCAGCACUAAAGUGUUAGAAUACAUGUUUGUAUUCCUGACACUAGUGUUACUUUAACACAGAAUUGAGACUGCACCAAUUGAGUGAAAUAGCUAGUGCCAAGCAUGUCCCUGUAAGCAUUUUGUAUUCAUAAAUUGGGGGUCAGAAUUUUACAGAUGCCAUUUUUAAAUAUUUUGUGGUGGGUCUUUAUAUUACAUAUCACAUACUAAAGAACAUAAUGUCUGUAUCUAUCUGGCAUACAAUACCUAGUUAUCUGGUGUUUUGCUGUCACUUCUUUAUAGUAUGGCUCCCACAGCGUGUCACCUAUAAAAGUUAUUUAUGUUAACAGGAUACACUGCUCCAGCUGCUCCUCAAGCUUACAGUCAGCCUGUGCAAGCCUAUGGAUCGACAGGAUAUGAUAGCACCACUGCAACCACCACCACCACUCAGACUUCCUAUGCAGCACCAUCUGCCUAUGGAUCACAGCCGGCAUACCCUUCUUAUGGACAGCAGACUGCCACCACUGCUCCUGCAAGGUAGUUAUAUUUACAUUUACCAUGCAUCUCCAGCAUAAAUGGACCAUUUUCCAUCUAAUCUGCUUAACAGAGGCAGGAUUGAACAGUAUUUUCAGGCAGUAGGUUAACUACAGUUUGAUUUUGAUUGGUACUUUGUUAAUGUACAUGAAGUGUAGAAUAUCCAAUGUAGAUUAAAGGACCACUAUAGGCACCCAGACCACUUCAGCUCAAAGUGGUCUGGGUGCCAGGUCCAUCUAGGAUUAACCCUGCCUGCUGUAAGCAUAGCAGUUUCAGAGAAACUGUUUACAUAUGCGUUCAUCCAGCCUCUACUGGCUGUCUCAUUGACAGCUGCUAGAGGUGCUUCCACGAUUCUCACUGAUUUUCAGUGAGAAGACGCCAGCGUCCAUAGGAAAGCAUUGAGAAUGCUUGCUUUCCUGUGGACUGGCUGAAUGCCAUGCAUUCAGCCAAUGAUGACCGAAGGAGGAGUCACCAGCGCCGAGGGAGCCCGGCGCUGGAGAAAGGGAAGUGUUUUUAGCCCCUUCCUCCCCCUUCAGCCUGGCGGGAGUGGGACCCUGGCACUAUAGUGGUCCUUUAAGGGGGGGAUAGUAAACAAAGGUUAUCUUUUGUGUUGAUAGGUUAAAUAUUCAUAUACAGUAAUCUGAAUUUAAAACUGCAGCUUUACAUAGGUCAUGUGAAUUUUAGUAUUCUAUGUAAACAGUGUAAUUUAAAUUCCCAAACGGACCACCACUGCGGUCUAAUUUUUUUUUUUUUUUUAAUGCUAUAGUGUUUGCUUUAUUCAGAUUCUGACAAUCCCGUCCUCCCACCCCCUCAUCUCAAAACUCAAGGUGGGUGCAUAUUACUUAAAGGACCACUAUAGGUACACAGACCACUUCAGCUCAAUGGAGUGGUCUGGAUGCCAGGUCCCUCUAGUUUUAACCCUGCAACUGAAAACAUAGCUCACUGUCUCACUGACAGCCGCUAGAGGUGCUUCUCACUGUGAAAAUCAGUGAAGACGCUGACGUCCAUAGGAAAGCAUUGAGAAAUGCUUUCCUAUGUACUGUUUGAAUGCGUGUGGCUCUUGCCGCGCAUGCGCAUUCGGUGCUGACAUCGGAAGGAGGAGAGUUCCCCAGUGCUGGAGAAAGGUAAGUGUUUUACCCCCUUCAGCCCAGCAGGCCAGUGUUUGUGACUAAGUGGUUACUAAGAAAGACUGGGCUUACCCCACUUGUAAUACCUUGGGUUGUCUAAUUUUGCAAAUGAUAUGCCAUCAUGGGGGUAAUUCUCAUUCCUGGGCUACCAUACGCUCUCAAAUGCAACAUAACCAAUCUGGCAAAUUUCAAUGUCAAAAAAAUGAAAUGCAAGCCUUAUAUGUGACUCUCUAACUUCCAAAACACCAUAAAACCUGUACAUGGAGGAUACUGUUAUUCUCGUGAGACUUAACUAAACACAAAUAUUAGUGUUUUAAAACCGUAAAACAUAUUGCAACCAUAAUAUAGUCCAUAAAAGUGCCGUUCGUUUGUCAAAAAUACAAAAAAAGUCACUUUACUUAAAAUAUCGUAAUACAAUUUAUCAUUUUGGAACACUAAUAUUUGAGUUCAGCGAAGUCUCCCCAGUAAAACAGUACCCCCUAUGUACAGGUUUUAUGGUGUCUUGGAGAGUUAAAGGGUCAAAUAUAGUGCUUUCGAAUUAAAUUCUCUGCACUUUCUCCCUGUGUUGUCAGGCAUGUCAAUCAAAUUUUAAUUAAAGGACCACUCUAGGCACCCAGACCACUUCAGCUUAAUGAAGUGGUCUGGGUGCCAGGUCCAGGUAGGGUUAACCCAUUUUUUUUAUAAACAUAGCAGUUUCAGAGAAACUAUGUUUAUGAAUGGGUUAAGCCUUCCCCCUAAUCCUCUAGUGGCUGUCUCAUUGACAGCCACUAGAGGCGCUUGCGUGCUUAUCACUGAUUUUCACAGUGAGAGCGCGCAAGCGUCCAUAGGAAAGCAUUAUAAAUGCUUUCCUAUGCGACGGGCUUAAUGCGCGCGCAGCUCUUGCCGCGCGUGCGCAUUCAGCCCAGGAGGAGGAGAGGAGAGCUCUCUGCCCAGCGCUGGAAAAAGGUUAUUUUUUUUUUUUUUAAAACCCUUUCCCCCUUCCAGAGCCGGGCGGGAGGGGGUCCCUGAGGGUGGGGGCACCCUCAUGGCACUAUAGUGCCAGGAAAACAAGUGUUUUCCUGGCACUAUAGUGGUCCUUUAAUCAAAUAACAUAAUUAUGUUAAAAGAUUACUUAAAUAUACACGUAGAAUUUUAAUAUAUAUGUAUUUAUAGGUAUUUAAAUUGUGUAUACUAAUGUAAUUUUUUAUGUAAUUAGUAUUUAUGUGUGUGUAUAUAUAUAUUCAUUCGAAGUGUAUUUUGUUACCUAUAUAUUAACAAAAUACAGUUAGAAUGAAAUUACAUAUGAAUAUAUAAUUUAUAUUUUUGUUUCAAUGUUUUAUUUUAUUGUAAUAAGUGUGUGUAUAUAUAGAAUAUAUGUAUAUAUCUAUAUAUAACGUCAUUCUAAGUGUGUUUUAAUACUAAUAUAUGUACUUAUAUUAUUAAAAUACACUUAUGUAUGAUGUUACAUAUAUGUAGAUAUAUAGGUGUGUGUGUGUGUGUAUGUAUAUAUGUGUGUAUAUAUAUGUAUACACACACUAUUAUAUUAAUUUUACACAUGUUUGUUUUUUUGUUUUUUACUUUCCCACCAGCAGGGGGACUGUCUGACAUUUGGUAUACAGAUCCACAGCCAGCUAUAGGGGGCCAUGUGAUUGCUCUUUGAGAGUGAUCACAUGGCCCCCGGGGGAGGGCUGCCUGGGCUGUCAGGCAGCCCUCCAGAAGAGGGUCGCGGUGGAGGAAAGUCCACCGGACCUCCAGUGGCUGCAAGCAGUUACGCCGUUCUAUGCCGCCGCAACUGCUUUAAAGCCCUUUUAAUGCGGGACUGCAUAGAACGCCAUAACUGCGUUAAGGGGUUUAUCUGUAUUGUGUGUAUGUAUUUUUGCCUUUCCAACAGCAGCACCAAUUUAGAAUGCAUGUGUCUCCACCCCCAUUUUUAUUUUCUCCUCCCCCUGUUUCCAAGAAUGACUCAGCAGAAACACCUGGUAGAUCACUGCAGUGAAAAUAAAUUGUCUGGGAGGCUUUAGUGGUCUUUUAAGGCAAUUAUGUUCAUGGAGUUACACAUGUGGGGAUAUCUGGGGCCAUCUUUAUGUAAACAUUACGCUGUCCAACAUUUAAAUGUAAGAAUUGCUUAAAGGUCGCAUUUGUCUUACUAGACCUCAAGAUGGAGGCAAGCCUGCAGAUACCAGCCAACCACCUCAGAGUACUGCCACCUAUGCUCAACCCAGUAUGGGCUACAGCCAGAGUAGCUACAGUUAUCCUCAGGUUCCAGCCAGCUACCCAAUGCAGCAAGUGAGCGCUCCCCCAUCCUACCCACCUGCCAGGUAAUGUGUACUUUUGUUUUUAAUGCUUUUUUUCCCCCUUUACUCUGCAGGGUAGCUUUGAAAGCAAAUCACAUUUUGUAUUCUUUUUAGUAUUGUAGCUCUGUGUACACAAGUUAAUUUGCAUUGUGGAUGGCAAGCCGCUGGUCGUUAACAACACUUUAGUUUUGUUUAGUCAAAUUGUGACUUGAUCUUCAAAGUUCUUUUGAGUGUGUGGAGGGGGGGGUAAUAUGUCACAUUCUAGCUGGUAGAAUUAAGGAGAUAGUCCAGUACUCUUUCAAGCAGUAUUCCUUUAAUCCAAAAACAAGCAACAUUUCAGACUCUUCCAAAGUUGAGGUGGUUUGUCUGAAUAAAAAUACUUUUAAUACACUCCUGAACAAAUAGAUCCAUGCAGGAUCACUACAAAAUCUUUUUAUCAAAAACUUGUGAUCUUUUGGAGCAUACCGAAAUGUUACCUGUUAUUGGACAUUGCUGAAGGCAUGCUUGGCCCUCCUUGUUAUAUUAAGAAUACUGUUUUGGGCAGUUGUUCGGGUCACAAUUGGAGAAAUUUGGUUCAUCCUGUUUGUAGCUUAUCCUGCUAUAGUUGGUUACUGAUUUUACUCCUUCAAGUGAUUUUCUUUUUGAAAGGUUACUGGAGUAGGGUGCAUUCAGGAGUUUAACUAGAAAUCAGCUUGCAUUUGUUGCACUUUAGGGUGACUGAAGUUAUUGACACGUAAUGUGCCUUCCAUUGAUCUCCUGUAUUGGCCUCUUUAGAUAACAAAAUAUAGCUGUAUGAUUUCUAGUUUUCUGUAAACUAGACUCUUGCCAUUAACAAGGAGGUGACUGAAUUGUGAGGUGAAAACUUUCUCUAAAGACUAAUUCUGUUGCAUUGAGGAUUACAUAUGCUUUCUUUUCUUUCCUCUGUUUAGCUAUUCUAGCUCUCAACCAACUAGCUAUGAUCAGAGCUCAUAUUCUCAGCCCAGCUCUUAUACCCAGCAAGGUGGUUAUGGACAGCAGAGCUCUUACUCCCAGCAGAGUUCUUAUGGUCAGCCAAGCAGCUAUGGACAGCAGAGUGGAUAUGGACAGCCAAGCAGCUACCAACAACAGCAGCAGCAGCAGCAACCACCACCCACCAGUUACCCACCUCCAUCUUCUUCCUAUGGCAGUCAGUCAUCUGGCCAGUAUGGCCAACAGACUAGUGGCUAUGGACAGCAGAGUAAGUGUUCUUUGUUUACAUAAAGUAGGAUUUGUGCAUUUUGCAACAUCCUUUUUUUUUAGACCAAAUAACUGUUUUAUACAUUCUAUUUUGCAUCAUGUGAUUCUCUGUAAAUAAAGGUAGGCAUAUAGAAGGCAUACACUAAAAUGAAUAUUGGAAUUGAAGAUACCAAAUAGAUAUUAACCCCUUAAGGAUGCUGGACGGAAAAUCAGUGAGAAGUCGCCAGCGUCCAUAGGAAAGCAUUGUGAAUGCUUUCCUAUGAGACUGGCUGCGCGCGCAGCUCCUGCCAUGCAUGCGCAUUCAGCCGAAGACGAGGCUUUAACCCCUUCCUCUCCCCAGAGCCCUGAGGGUGGGGGCACCUUCAGGGCACUAUAGUGCCAGGAAAACGAGUACACAGUUUAAGAAAUACAACAUUUCAUUCUAAAACUUGUAAUAUUUGCAUUUGCCCGUAACACUUUUAAGGUAUAAUAUACGCCUAAUAACAUACUCUGGAGUGUCUGCAUUCUCACAUGGAAGGCCUUUGUGGGUUUAUUUGAACAGUCAAAUGGCUACAAUGUCACAAAAUCACACAUGACCAUCUAUGAAAAUUCCAACUAUAGAAACGGAAAUGGCAUGGUCUCCUAUAUGGCAUUGUAGCUUCACAGAAUAGGGGCAAAGGUAUACAAUGGGGGUAUCGUUUUACUCAGCAGAUGUAGCUGAACACAAUAUGGGGUUCUGUACAGGGAUAGCACACACUAGGUUUACGAAAUACACAUUACAAAAACCUUGUAAUAUGUGUAUAUGCCAAAAUAGAGAAAUAAAAUUUUACUCCAAUAUUUAGCAGAGAUUGGCGGUGAAAUGGCUACGCAAAGUGUCAAACUAACCGUAGGUAAAUAGCCUGUGAUGUCUACUUUAUAUAAACAUAUACUUUUGUGUGGCAAUUUUGUUUUCUGUAAUGGGUAUUAAACUUCCAAGACAAACAUACCAACUUCUAAAAUUGCUACACAUUGAACUUUUAUUUUAGAACUUGUAGUUUGUGACAUGUAACUUUCAAAAUAAACUGAAAUCCUACACAUUAUGCACAUUGUAAAUCAAGACACAAAUGAAUUGAUUUUGAAUUACUUUUCCUAAGCUGGACAGUGGGGGGGAAAGCAUUUUUUUUGUUUUUUUCCCCACAUUAUUUUGCAUUUUUUUGUUUUUUUUGCAAUAAAUGAGAAUUUAUAUGUAUGUCACAUCAAAUUAAAGCCCUUUUUGUUUUCUUAAAAAAGAUAUAUAAUGUGUUGGUACAAUAAAUGAGAUGCAAAUUGCAUUUGAACGCAAACACAAUAAAUGCAAAAAUUGCUUGUGUCCUUAAGGGUAUGUCCAGCUUCUGAAGCUGUCCUUAAGGGGUUAAACCAUUGUUCAGUUUUACUUUUCUAAACUGCAUUAAUGUAUUCUUGUGUACAUGUGACCUUUCAGAGAUGAGUUUUUUCGGAUAUUGUGUAUCUUUAAAGUAGUCCCUUUCAGGGCAAUUGAACAGGUUUGGGAUUUCACCUGCUAAUGUUUUAAUAUAAAGCUAAAAGAAAAUUCAUCCCUCUUCCAUGGGAGGGUGGGGAGGGGUGGUACAUGUAUGCCUCCUUAGCAUGGAAGGUGUAUUUGGAAUGUUUACAAUCCAACUCGAAACUGUUGAUACUUGAUUGCUGACCAUGCCUACUUUAUAUCCCAGUUGUAUUUGUUUUAAUGUGAAAAUUACUUCCAAAAAAACUCAUUGUUAUAAUUUGACAUAGGUUUUAGGUGACUGUUUGCAAAGAUUCCCCCCUUUGAAAUGCUAUAUGGGAUUUAAUAUUUUAUUAGGUGGCUAUCGUCAAGACCAUCCAGGCAGCAAGGGAUCCUAUAGUCAACAGGAACCGCACCAAGGCUAUGGAGGCUCCAGUGAGAACCGUGGCUCUGGAGGCUCUGACUCUCGCAUCAGGAGCAGGGGCAUGUUUGACAGAGGCGGCAUGAGCCGUGGUGGGAGGGGAGGCCGUGGAGGCAUGGGGUAAGAGAAAAGCUUUUUAUCUAUAAAUUAACCAAAGGUUCCCCACCCAGUAUUUUAACUGGAGCUGCAAUUCACUCAAGUACAUUAAGGGCCAGAUAAGGAAUAGCAUCUAAUGUAGUUUUAAAAUGUUGUUCCUUCCAAAGCAUUUAGUCAAGCCCUCAGUUGCCUUCUUUUCAGUGGUAAGCUCUUUAUACAUAUAUCACUCCACUAUAUAAACAUUAAUUUUCAGUUGUAUGGAAAAAGAUCCCAUGAUCAUAAAGAAGCAUUUAGCUGCAUUUUUUUUUCCAAGCACAUUUGUUUCUGGAUUCCCUCGUACCUUUUCACUUAACCUAUUGGUACAACAACAUUGGCAACUAAUGGGCAUAUUAAAUUGUGUAUCUUUCCAGAUUCCAUUUAAAACAGCUUUUUGUGCUCAUUUGGGAUUUUUAAAAAAAAUAUUUUAAACCUGUAAAGCUGCUGUGGAAUCACCAUUGAAUAACAUGUGUUUAACACAUUUUUUUUUUUGAUGCCGAAAAUAGUAGAUAUCUGGUUUUCUAUAAGCUCUGGAAAACCUGCCAGCAUACCGGUUCAUAAGUACUCUGUACUUGGUUUUAGAAAUUUCCAGUAUUCAAUUGAGACUGCAUCAGGAACAUGUUGUAACUUCUCUUAAUAGAGUCUGAAUGUAUUGGCACCCUUGAUAAUUCCAAAUGGUACAAAUUACCGUGAUAGUGCCUAAUCAUACCGAAGUAUCACAUGGAGGGUAUACUAUAUGAUUACUUGUACAAUAAGGUGCGAUGCUAGAUAUCCACUCCCUAAAAUGCCCUGAAAAACUAAAUCAUACAAAAAUCAUGAUGCACACUCCAAUAGCUACUAAAAUCCAAAACUUCAUUUAAAAAGUUCCUAACGACCAUAUAAUAUAUAAAGCUAUCAAAGACUGUGUAUAAAGGCUAAAGUAAAUAUACCAAAGUCAUUACUAUGCAUAUGAAUAGCCUGACAGUACACGAGCCACAAAAUCCCUUCAACAUUUUAGCACCUCUCUGGCUGCCUUACUCAAGGGUAUCUAUAUUUUUAACAUUUUUGAAUAAAGCAUUGGAUUUUAGUAGCUAUUGGCGUGUGCAUUCUGAUUUUGUAUGGAUUUAAUCAUACCCACUUAACUUCAACUUUUAGUCUAAAGCUUGAGGUGCUCAGUUAUACAUGAGAAUGACCGGCAUCCCACCCCUUAUUGUUCCAGUGCAUGCAGUCUUACUUUCUCUGUACAUUGAAUUUCUACUCUUCACUGUUCAUUUAUGAUUAUUUUUUUACCAUUUGCUGUCUCACUAUAUAAAUGUUAUAUCUUUCUGUGGGAAUGUACCACUUCCAGUGUACACACUCCCUAACUGCUUUAACCAUUGCACUUUAGUUGACUAAAAUAAACUUGCAUGGUGCUGAGCAGUUGUAUGCCUAGGCAACCUUAUGGUAAGAUAUGUUUAUUGGAAUGUUAAAGUAUAUUGACACUAACUUAAAAUAUGUGCGAUUGUGCACCAUAUAGUGUUCCUAAAAAGCAGACCUUGCCAUAUUGUCAGAAGCUGCAGUAUUAUUUGUAGGUUCAAGCCAAAUCUAGAUUUUAUUGCCAUUUCAACCUCAUGUUUUUGCCCACGUGGUUCGGUACAUAAAGUUAUGUGUGACUUUUAGGGAAGACUGCUUGAUUUAUAGAAAAGAAAAUCUCGGCGUCUUUCUCUGUGCACAGCACAUGGUCUUGUGUUCCCUGGGAGUAAAUCCCCAAAACACUUUAUUUUUCAUAAAUUUUCCAUUCCAUUUUUGAUGGUUACAUGUAAUCCUGCAUUAUCAUUCAUGACUAGUGGUCAGACAGGCAUAAUGUGACUAGUCUCAAAGAGGCAGGUUUUCCAGAGCUCUCAGGUAAGUCCUGGUUGUAGUAUAUAUAUUUUAAUGUUUAUUUAAUUUUGCUUCCUUUUUAUUCCGAAGAUGUAUGCAUUUUUCUAUAUAUCUGGAUAUGUGUAAUGCUCUUUUUGGUUGUACGUGAAAAUCCCUUAUUUUAACAUGCUUUGUCAAAUUUAUAUGCCACAGGUUACAAAGUGAGAGCGUUGUAUACACUUCAGUUCUAAAAAGUGCCCACUCAGCCGGCAGCAUAAUGAAAAGUGGGACUCGGUGUCUAAAUGGAGAGGAAAAUAAAUCAUAAUUUAUCAGGCCAAAAAUAAUCUAAAACUAGAUCAGAACUUUGUAUUAGUUAUUGUUAGUUAAAAUAGCUGAUAUGUGUAAAGAGGUGUCAAAUUUAAUACAUUGUGUAACAAUUUGUUUUUGUUUUUUUUUGUUCUAUUCUUGUAGACAUUUAUUUGUACAUUGUCAAAUGGGUUGUAAGCUGCAAAUGACAGCUUAAAUGUGUUAAAUAUUUUGUAUUAAAGGUGCAAUGCUUUUUUUUUUUUUCUUUGAAGACCACCACUUUAUUUAAAUAAAUAUCACCAAUAUGUUGCAUAAUUGAGAGGUGUUGCAACACAAUAGCCUACAUUUCUGCUUUAAUUGAUAGUGACAGGACUGCUUUGCAGUUAAACACACUUAAAGACCAAUUACAUUCUUUGUGGUUAUCACUACCAUAUGCCAGCAUUGAAUAUUCUGCUUCCUAAAUGUCGGCAGUUAAAGGAGUGGAAUGUUCCAGUUUGGAAUAUGAUCAACUAAAAUCAGAUUGAUGCUAAAGAUAGUCUUUAGUCCUUAACCCCUUAAGGACACAUAACUGCAAUAUUCCGUCAUGAUUCCCUUUUAUUCCAGAAGUUGUCCUUAAGGGGUUAAGUAUUUAUGUAGAUUCUAUAGCUGUUAGUGUGGUUUCUAUGGAAGAUCUGCAUUCUGUCAGUUACCGCAUAACAGAAGUGGUUGAUGGUUAUUCUUUUAGUGGCUGCUACACUUGCGCAUCUGCCAUUUCUCACACGUUUUAUAUUUUUGUGGUGGUUGUGAGAAAAUAAAUUUAAAAAGUGAACUUGCUAUUGGUACAUUGAUCUCGUGCCUUUUACAUCUGACAAUAUGACCACUUUAUGCACUUUAGUCCAUGAAGCAUUGCACGCUUAAUACUUCUGUUGAUGGAGUUAGACCUCCUGAAGCAGAGCAUAAAGGUAUAUGCAGAUCUGUAUGUUAAGUGUAAAUGAAACAAAAACAUACAAACGCCCUUGAAGAUUAGUGCCACGCUGAGACAGAUGCUUUGUAUGGAGAUGUUAAGCCACUGCCGGCUCUGUACCCUUGAACCCCCUUCGAGGCCCAGAAUGCUAAAUGGCUCUUUAAUGGGAAAAGGCCUUCAUUUCUUCACCUUUAUUCUCCCAGCAGCGGUGGAGAGCGAGCUGGCUUCAGUAAGCCUGGUGGUAAGUUUUUGAGUAUUACAAAUGGGUAGCAUAACAAAGCAAUUUCCCUUUUCCUCCACCCUUUUUUGUGUAAAUUUUAUAUUAAUUUUGUUUUUGCUCACCUUCAUACCAUGGUGUGUAAUUCCCUGUGUGCAGACGUUUUAAUGGUCUGGCCGGCAUUGUGUAGGGGUAUGGAUGCUUAAAUGGUUACACAGUGGAAAAAAAAAAUCUAAACUAUACAGAGGUGUGUGUAAUGUGGGGAAAAGGUUUUUUUGUUAUACCUGAUUUUGGUAUAUCUGUCCGCUAGAGGUUGAAAGUGCAAACUGGAGCACCUAUUACUGUUUACCAGCGGCGAUACUGUACGUGUUAUUAAUCUGCCUUCCCCUGUGCCUUAAAAGAUUUAAUUUCUUCACUGCUACCAUGCUAUUUUUUUAGUGGGUAGAAGUGAAGGUGCCCCUCUAAUUUUUUGAGGGCUUCUUUACACCUGUGGCAAUUUAAAGGUGUGUAUAAAUACAGAACAAGUCUGCCCCAAAUGGUUCCCAUGCCCACAAACUGUGCCCUAGAGGCCCCUUCUUAACAUGGUGGUAUUAAGUAGCUUUGAUGUUAAUGUUUGUGUUUCGUAGGAGCAUGGCGAUCCUGUAAACUAACUUCUCUUUUUGUACUUUCAAUCUGCCAGGACUUAUGGACGACGGACCAGACAUUGACUUAGGUGGGUAGUUUGUGGUAGUGAUGCUUCUUUAUGAGGAUAGUUCAACUAUUAGAAAUAUUUUGGUUUGUUCUUUUAUAAGGGUUCAUCACCUCCCCCCCAAAAAAUUGUCUUGUGCUGGUAGUCUGCUUCUCAUGUAGCCUUCUGUUUUGGGACUUUUGUGUUAGGUUUUUUUUUUUUUUUUUAACUUAAGAUGUGAAUGGCUGUUUUUAUGGUUUGGGAAAUUAAACCGGUGUUAUCGUUAUUCCAGUUUGGGUCAGAACACCAUUACAAAUAUUUAUCACCUUAAAAUCAAAAACAAUCAAUCAUUAAACAUGUUUUUACUGAAGUUUCCACAAUUUUUUUUUAGGCAUUGGUAACAAACUACAUAUUUUAAGUAGGAGCCUAUUUUUAUAAAAUCCAUAAGAUCCUCUGUGCAAACCUUGGUAUAGGAUUGAAACGCAGCAAAUUAUCCCACGCUGAUAUACAGCUGCUUAUAUAAAUACAAUAAUUAACUAGAACACCCUAAAGCCAUCUUGGUUUUAAUAAUGAAUACCUUCUCAUAGGACCCCCUAUGGAGCCUGAAGAAGAACCAGAGAACAACACAAUCUAUGUGCAAGGUCUGAGUGAAAAUGUGACAGUCGAUGAAAUAAUAGACUUCUUCAAGCACUGUGGUGAAGUCAAGGUAAGUGGCAUUCCUGGGGAAGUUGUAGAGCGUAAACCUAAUUUUCCUUCCAGUUUGUUUUGCCUUGGGAGAGCUGUCACUUUUAUGGAUUUUAGUCGGCAUUCUCUCCAUGACCUUUGCUUGUCUUGGUGACUUGAACUCUACCGGUUCCUUUAUACCCUCGAAAUUACAAGUAUCAUCAUUGAGCAUCUUAAAAUCAUACUCCAUAUUAUGUUAAAACAGCUAAUGUAUAAAACCUCAACACAAGGCUCCUCUAUUCAUUGCAUUAAAGUAUCUUUCUUUUUUUUUUGUAUAAAGCUAGUAUGUUUGGGAAGCAAGGGAAUUAUUGUUUAUAUGCAGCAACAUAUGCAUUUUGUUUAUGCCAUACAGAUUCAAAAUCUGUAUGUUGAUGUACACUGCUGAUGGAGCUCCUUACUGCUUUGGCUUGUGUGUAUUGUUUUUGUCAGUCUGUUUUAUUAGAGGCAAAAUGGUAUAUGGUACAGAAUAAUGAAUAGAAAGUGUCACAGUGGGUGUAAAGCAUGCACAACGAACAUAUAUUAUUUGAAACUCCAGCAUAAUACUGCCUACAUCCUUUUAUAUUAUCUUCUUUCUUUUACAUCACUUUUUUUUUCUCCCCCCUUUGGCUUGUGUGUAUUGUAUCACUGAUGCUUACUGAUGCCUAGUUUUAUUCUGGUGUAUAUAGAUAAACAAGAGGAAUGGCCUUCCGCUUGUGAACAUUUUUACAGACAAAGAGACUGGAAAACCAAAGGGAGAUGGAACGGUUUCUUUUGAAGAUCCACCAUCAGCUAAGACUGCUGUAGAAUUAUGUGAUGGUGAGUGUUGUAAUUUGUCUUAAAAUGUUGGUUUAGAGCACAUGUAAUCGUAACAAAUGGCAUGAUCACUGAAACAUAUGGUCUUCUAUAAAUUGUGCUUGAAAAUAUACAUUUGUUUUUGCUUAUAUGCACUUGGCACAGAUGUUUAAAGGUCCACUAGCUUAGGUCUCAAUUUAAUAAGUGUUCCAAAUGAUUCAAUGUUGGGAGAAACUUUACAAAUGACUUAUCUGCAGAAUUUGCCAUUAGUCUGUUGAAAUUUCUAUAGAUAAAUCAUUUGGAAUGUCGUGGUUUAUUUUAUUUUUAUUUUUUCCCUCUCGAGUUGUAUUGAAAAACAUAAGAGUAUAUUGCUGUGCUGUAAAGGCAUUAAGGUAAAAAAAUAAUUAUUUUAGACCUAUCAGCACGUAGAUUUCUAUGUCUAAUAAAUAGUAAGUUUAUUUUGUACAUGUCUUCACACAGGUUAUAUUAUGCUUAAUUGCCCAUUGCUUCUGCCAUAGUAAAAAAAACUGCUUAUGAAACUGCAUGCAGGCUGUUCAGAGCUCUAAUAAAUGAUCUUCAUUCUAUCUUUACUGCAUAUAAUUUUACGUGUGAUUUACAAGCUAUGAAUUGAUUAACCAUUGUUAAUAGGAGACUUAAUAGGUCUGUAAUUUUUUUGUGCCAAUUUCUGCGCCCAUUCAAAGUUGUUCCCUCGGAUACUCCUUUGCCGUCCUUAGUCAGAACAUUUUAGAUGUAUUCUGUAGUUCAGCUCUUUAGUACUUCAAAACUUUGUUUGGCUCAACUGAAACUAUUGUGGACCAACAACCUGCAUGGUGUAAAAAAUGUGUAAAUAUUAUACACUCCUUUUUUUUUUUUUUUGGCUGUUUUUAAUAUAUAACUUGCUAUUUGAAAUGUCACGCUUUAGGAAAAGAAUUUCAAGGUACUAAACUGAAGGUGUCAAUGGCUCGCAAAAAAACAUCUUUGCUGGGUAUGAGAGGUGGCAUGCUUUCGCGUGAUGGUCGUGGACAACCACCACUUUUACGGGGAGGUAAGAUGUAACUUUAUAUAUUUGUAUAGCUUUUAAUUUUUUCUGUUAUACAUAUUCCCUAUGUUUCAUGUUCAAAUGUAAUUAUGUUAGCUUGCUUGAUAUUUGUUGUAUCCUUAUUGUAAGCCUUUGUUUCUAUUAGAUUGUUAAUAAAAUGCUCUUUCUUAGGUCCCAUGGGGCGAAUGGGAGGUAGAGGAGGGGAACGUGGAGGGUUUAUGCCUAGAGGUCCUAGAGGGCCACGUGGAAGUCCAGUUGGUGGUCCAAAUGUACAACACAGAGCUGGAGACUGGCAGUGUCCAAACCCGUACGUAUGCAAACUGGAGUAUCUUUUCUGCAAUCUUCUGCUAUAUGUGUGUUGCUCAAUUUAUCUUAUAUUUAUAUUAUCAGUGGCUGUGGAAACCAAAACUUUGCUUGGAGAACAGAAUGCAACCAAUGCAAGGCUCCAAAACCCGAGGGCUUUAUUCCUCCUCCAUUUCCACCACCAGGUAAACUUAGUAACAGUUUUUUUCUUUAAACUAUCAAUGUUCUUUCAUGUAAAUGUAGUUUGUCAAUUGAAACAUCCAGGAAUCCAGUAUUUGCCUGUGGAUGUUUCCUUUGACUGGAAACACACAGCCGAAGUUGUGGGCGACUUGGAUUUGUGUUUUAGAGUACCGGGAUUAGCUUUUGCCUUUAUUUUUGUCUUAACCCUUUGUUCGAUCUUCACAUAUGUAGGAAGUUGUGCAAUAAAUUGGCCUUACAGGAUUGACCUGAUUUAGGGAUGGUAAAUCAUUGUUUGAUUACUAGCAUUUGGUUAUUUAAAUAUUUGCAGGUGGUGAAAGAGGAAGGGGAGGACCAGGCAUGAGAGGUGGUCGUGGAAUGAUGGACCGAGGAGGACCUGGAAUGUUUAGAGGUGGCCGUGGAGGCGACAGGGGUUUCAGAGGCCGUGGUAUGGAUAGAGGUUUUGGUGGAGGAAGGAGAGGUGGUCCUCCUGGGCCCCCAGGACCUCUCAUGGAGCCAAUUGGAGGAGGCAGAGGUGGUGGCGGCGGCAGACGUGGUGGACCUGGUAAAAUGGAAAAGUAUGUACAUGUUGAUGUUUUCUUCUCCCCCUCCUCCCACCCCGCCCCUCCAUAUGAGCAAUAUUUACUUCUCUCUUCUUUCUCUUUAGGGGUGAGCACCGCCAGGAGCGCAGAGAGAGACCCUACUAGAAGUUCAAAAGCCUCAUUUACUACCAGAUUUAUUUUUUAAACAAAUGUUUUAAAUUUAUAAUUCCAUAUUUAUAAUGUUGGCAUUGAGUCUAUACUCGGUCACAUUAUGACUAUCCUUUGUCUGUAACUUUAGUAUUCACAAUUUGUGGAGAUAUUAAAAUGGAAGUUUAAUGGUAGUACCAUUGUCCCUUUUUUUUAAUUUUUUUUGCAGCCUCUUCCCUUUUUAUUUUUACAUUUUUUUUUUUCCUCCUUUUCUUAACUUCCUGAGGGUCCACCACAAAGUUGUUUGUUCUGUUUUUAGAUGUUUUCUCUGAAGGUUUCAAGGUAUUGCUGCAGUGGCUUUGUAAGCAUGUGGAGUAUAUUGUUGGUAAACAUUUUGCCAGGGGAGGAGUAAGGGUAAAGCACUGUAGUGUCUUAGCACUCCUCUUGUAUCAUUGAAUUGGACCCUUUUUUGAGGGUUGCCAAAUGUCCCCUCCCCCUUCUUGGAUAGGUUUAUUUUUCUUCUGUUGUGACAGAUAUUGAGGUAAUGGCGUUCCAUGUCCAUUUUCUGGAAAAGAGGAAAAACUAGGUGUUGGGGAGGGAGGGAGAGAGAGGGGUCUUGUUUUAUACUCUGGCUUGUACAAACUUGUUCAAUACAACACCACAAUAAAAUACUGUUUAAAACCAUA